AUGAUCAAAACUGGGGGGGGGGGGGGGGGGGAUGGGGGGGGGGGGGGGGGGGGGGGGGGGGGGGGGGGGGGGGGGGGGGGGGGGGGGGGGGGGGGGGGGGGGGGGGGGGGGGGGGGGGGGGGGGGGGGGGGGGGGGGGGGGGGGGGGGGGGGGGGGGGGGGGGGGGGGGGGGGGGGGGGGGGGGGGGGGGGGGGGGGGGGGGGGGGGGUGGGGGGGGGGGGGGUUCCUUUUUCUUUAGUUUAA